UUGAUAGCUCCUCAAUGUCAGAUGAUGAUCGAAAAGAGGUUGUCAACAUCCAAACAUGGAUAAAUAAACCUGAUGUGAAGUAUAACUUCCCCUGUAACGAAGUAAAAGAAAAUGGACAUAUGUUUCCCAGUCAUCUCCUAGUAACAGCAACUCAUAUGUACUGUUUGAGAGAGAUUCCAUCACGAAAGGGACUGGCUUACAUACAGUCUCGACAGGCACUCAACUCUGUAGUCAAAAUCACAUCCAAGAAGAAACACCCAGAACUGAUCACCUUUAAAUACGGAAACAGCAAUACUUCGGGCAUAGAAAUCUUGGCAGUUGAAAGGUAUUUGAUUCCAAAUGCAGGUGAUGCUACCAAAGCCAUAAAACAACAGAUCAUGAAAGUAUUGGAUGCCUUGGAGAGUUAAUAACUAAAGACUUUGUAGAGAACAGUUUAUAAAGAAGCAACCAAGAUACUGUAUGUGGACACAAGCUGACUGUUCCCAAACUGGAUACUAACUUAAGAGAAUUUUUCUGUUUGCUGGUGGGAGUGCCUGAGUAGCAGGCCUAAGAUAGGGUAAAUUAUUAUCACUUUCUGAACAGGAUUUUUAAUUUUUUCUUUGUUUUUGUUAUGAAGAAGUAUUUAUUAUAAAGGUCAGUUUGUUUCUUU